AUGUCCGUCCCGCUCCGAGCUGCCCUUCGCGCCCCCUGCGCCCGCGCCGCCCCCCUCCAAGGUGCCCUGCACUCCGCCCGCUACGCGUCGACGAGCCAGCACGCGUCGCACAAGCCGCUCCCCGAUGCCGAGACGUUCGACAAGACCGCGCGCCCGGGCCUGUACUACAGCCGCCCCUCCCCGCGCGACCUCCCUCCGCUCCGGAGCAAAUGGCCCGCGAUCUUCGCCGCAGGGGCGCUCGCGGUCACCUCCUGGGGCCUCUUCAUGCUCUUCGUCACCAACCAAGAGAAACUGUCAUCCUCAGUUAUGCAGCAGCUCAUGGCCGCGCUGCGAGAGAGUCCAGAACUUCGCUCCGUGCUCGGUGAGGCUCUUCGCCCUGAACCUGUCUGGUGGAUGAACGGUGACCCGUGGAUCAAUGGCGCUAUUCACAUGCCGGGGGGAGCUAUUGACCUCAGCUUCCGCGUAAAGGGGCACAAGCAAGCCGGUACUCUGUACUUCACCAGUAUUCGGAAAGCGAAGGGAGAGAACUUCCAAAUCGUGAUCCGAUUCAAGGUCAUUGCUGAUGACGGUACGGAGGUGCUGGUUCGGCCGGCCCUUCCAUGA